AUGGAAAAAAAACCUUAUAAUAACAGAGAACAUAUUUUAACAUGGCACGUGAAUAAUCAGCAAGUAUAUCACGGUGGAGAGUCUACACGUGUGAAACCAUCAGUAACAAGGUACAGUAACAGAGAAAAAAAGAAUACUUUUGUGUUGAAUAAAAUAUUUACCCUUGCCGCAUUGGAGUCAUUUGAACAAUGUGGCUACAAGAUAAGACCCAGGGAUGGUAGCAGUGACAUAAUUGAUUUAAGGACCAACAGAUCCCUGUAUGAGGGUACUCCGUUCCAAACAUUAAAAGAUGAUUUAACAAAAGACGACGCAACAGAAGAUAAUGUAAUAAAUGCAGAUUUAAUGGACAGUUGUUUAAUUAAUAAUGACAUACGGAAGGAACAUAUAAAAAGCAGUUUAAGUGAUGCAACCAAUGAAUAUGUUAAUAGCGAAAAAGAGAAAAUUAAAUCGAUUUUAUAUUCAUAUAUGGAAAAAAUUGAUGCUAAGCAUAAAGAUAAAUUAUAUUAUAAAUUGUUUAGAAAAUGCCGAGAAGAAAAUGAUGAGAAUUCUAUGAGUUCUUUUUAG